AUUAUGGUGGCUGACUUCUUAUCGAAACUGUCAGCUUGUAUUAUGCUCAAUGCAAUCAUGUUUCUGUACUGCUCUAGUGACACAUCAGGAUAUGGAAAAACAGUCGUAUUAGUAUAUUGCUUCAUUUGGUAUUUGCUGGGUUCUAAAUUUUAGAUCUUUCCUUUCGAUGCCGGUGACCUGUCAUUGAGCAUACUGAAUAUUAGGCUUUACAUAAAAGCUACUCUCGAAACGUUAAUUUCAGUGGUUAUUGCUGUAAUGAUUCAUUCAAAUUGAUACCAAAAUGUCCAGUAAGCUUCAGGGGGCAGCCUCUACAUAAGACGAACCACACUGUUCCAGAGGAAUUCAUGAAAUUCGUAUUCUCUCUCACGCUUCAUUAAAAGACUAUUUAAAAGGGAAGUAUCUUCACGGUAUUAAACUGUACCGGUUAGCAUUUCUUCUAAAUUUUUAUGAUUUUGCGGAAAGUUAUUCAUAACUUUUUUGAGUGUGGCUCGUUGUUUGCAUUAGAGGCUGUUCGCCAUUGCUCAUAUUCAGAGGUGUUCUACCUCGAAAAAGUAGCUAAGCAAUUUCUGCCUGAGUUUAGCGACAUCAGCAAUGCUAAGGCGAAGCAAAAGUUACAGAAUAAUUCAUAAUUAUAAAUCAAUAAUACGUACACAUUAUAUACUGAGUACAUGUAAGGAGAUAUUCUUGUAUUACGGAGAUGACACUCGAGACGCACUGAAUACUCCCUUGGCUAGUGCUAGAUAAGUUGGAGCAACUGCAAGUACCAAACAGUAAUCAUGUUGCACUAUGUACUCAUACCUUUGUCAUUACGGUAGUCAACAUAUUUGCUAUUGAUGCACAGUUGUUUGGUAGAUAAUGUGCUGAAAUUUUCGAUUUUUUGUAAUUAAACGUGUAAUAUAGAAGAAAUGCAAUAAACUAGAACUACUCAUUGCGUGACUAACAAAUCAUUUAGAAAACUGCGUAGGAAAUGAAAUAUAGACCUUUAAGAAUAGGUGAAUGUGUCCACAAAUUUUCUUAAUUUCUUCAUCUGAAUCUUAUGUUGGGACGGAUAUGGUAAACAUCGAUUACUUUACGGAAUUUCGCAGCAUAUUAUUUAGUCACUUGAUAUUAAGAUUUUACGAAACAGCACUUCCCGCCAUGUUGUCUGGCCAUUUGUAUUAAUUUAAGUCAACAAUCUUUGGUGGACUUGUAGUUGGCGUGUGUUCGUUUGGCACGAAGUUUGUAUAUCAAUGAUUUUAUACGACAUAGCGCUCGAAAUAUGAAAUAAUGAGAUUGUAAGAUACAUGACAUAAAAGUUGUGUAAUGGGAGGCGUGUGUAGAGCUCGUAAUUGCUUUCGCACUAAAGAUAAGUGUCCUGAUCUACCGUUCUUCACUUUUCCUAAAAACCCUAUCAGUGCCAAGAAAUGGAUUACAAACAUUGGUGACCCAGAACUGUUGAAGCGGCCACCUAGCGCCUUGAAGAACAAUGUUGUUUGUGCCCUUCAUUUCGAAGAAAAGUGUUUUGUGAACAAAAAGAAACGCUCGCUUGUGAGGAACGCUGUCCCUACUAUAUUCAACAUUCCUCCAUUUAGAACUCAAGAAAUCCAUAAGAAUGAUAUACAUUCGAAAUCGGAAAGAACAGACGUUCCUGAGUGUAAUAGUGGAGCACUUUUUUCAUGCAAUGUUGAUUCAUUUGAUAACUGGCAUCGUCAGAUUGAUGCCGUAACAGAGCAGCUGCUGUGUCUACUACCCGAAAAUAGCAGCCAUACUUCGCAGUUAGAAACGCAAACAGAAAAAAGGUGUGUCGACGCAUUUACGCAGUAUGAGGAUGAAAGUGAAACUCGCGAAUUUGAAAACAGAUUAAACGAUCUGAAUAAAGAUACCAAUGUUGAAUCGAGUGAUGCAGUUCCGAGAGUGCAGUUGCUGUGCCGUUUGUGUUCAAAGCUUACUCAUCGUGAAAGAGUGAUGCCAAUUUUUAGUUAUGAAGCGGAAAAAAUACAUCUAGAUGUUAUGAUUAAUAGCAUUAUGCCAACGAAAGUAGUGCAGGACGACGGUCUGCCACAGCAGGUUUGCAAGUUGUGUGUACGAAAAUUGACAUUUUGUCACGAUGUAAGAAAAGAGUUUUUAGCCUCAGACAAAAGAUUACGGGAUCUUUUGGGCAUUGCAGCUCCCAAUGAUACGGCCGAAGCAGGCCUACCUUCUACCAAAGAAAACGUCAUGGAACUAUCAACUGUUCUGGAAAGCACAUCUGCCAAAGUCAUCACACCUCCAGCCGAAGAUAUAAUAAAAUUACAACGGAAGGAAAAUGAGCCACCAUCAAUAGCACUGCAGACCGAUGAAACCACAAUAAUACAGUCUGAAACUGUGAAAAGGGGUCCCAGGAAAAGAAAGAGAGUUAUGACUGCAGUUAAAACUAAGAAUACUAGGAAAAAGGAUGAUAAAAUCCCAAAAUUAACAAAGUCCCGUUCUCAGGGGAAAAAAACCACAGCUGAAGAUACACCAAAAUUAAUAAAGUCAACUCCUCAGCGAAAAAAGACCAUAGCUGAAGAUGUAUCAAAAUUAGUAAAGUCAGUACAUGGAAAAAAAGUUGCAGCUGAAGAAAGUCCAAAUUUAAUAAAGCCAGCUCCUCUUGGAACAAAAGCCACAGUUGAGGAAAGUUCAAAAUUAAUCAAGUCAGCUUCUCAUGGGAAAAAAGCUGCAAUUGAAGAAAGCCCAAAAUUAAUAAAGUCAGGUUCUCACACAAAAAAAUCUGCAGUUGAAGAAAGCCCAAAAUUAAUAAAGUCAGCACCUUAUGGAAGAAAAGCUAUAGUUGAAGAAAGCCCAAAAUCAAGAAAGUCAGAUCCUCAUGGAAAAGAAACCACAUCUGAAGAAAACCCUAAAUCAAUAAAGGCUGGACCUCGUGGGAAAAAGCCCACAGGUGAGGAAAUCUCAAAAUUAGUAGAGACCGGUCCGCAUAUAACAAAGGCUACAGCUGAAGAAAUCUCAAAAUUGGUGAAGACUGACCCCCAUGAAAGAACGACCACAGGUGAAGAAAUCCCGAAAUUAGUACAAUCUGAUCCUCAUGGGAUAAUGGCUACAGUUGGAGAAAUACCAAAUUUAGUAAAGAUUGGUCCUCAUGAAAAAAAGACCACAGCUGAAGAGAGUGAUUUUGAAAACGAUAGCAACUAUGAAAUCCAUUGGUAUGAUGAAGCGUAUGACGAUAGUAUCUCAGAAGAUAUGGGCCCUAAUGAUAGUAUUCUGAAUAACAAAAAAAUGUUAGUGAAAAACGCAAAGAAACAACUUACAUGUGAGGCUACAAAGUUGGUGACAGAGCCUGUUGCAGACGAAGAAAUGAAAAAUAUUAAAGAGAAUAAUAUAACAACAUUAAACCACAAAAAGUUGAAUGAAAGUAAAUUGGAUGAUACCAUGGUGAAGGAUAUUCACAUGAGUGACACUAAAGUGAAUGACACUAAAGGGAAUGAGAGUAAAGGGAAUGACAGUAAAGUGAUUGAGAGCAAAGUUGAUGAGAGUAAUGUAAAUAAGAGCAAAGUGGACACUGGUAUGACUGUUCCAAUAACAAACAGUUGUUCCUCUUCUAAAGAAAGCGUUCCUAGCAGUGGCUCUGUUAGACAAAAAAUUGGAUCUGGUAGUGUUAAAGUGCGACUGAUGACAGAGAGACAAAAACUGUUAAAGCUGAAAAUGAAAACUCAGAAUAAACUCUUAAAACAAGGUAGCAAAAAGAAAGGGUUACCUGCAAAAAAUUCAUGUUCAGAAUGUAAUAAAAGCUUCUCAUCUAAACUAAAGCUAGAGCGCCACGUACUUUUGCAUAGUAAAUAUGAGUGUGCUGUGUGCAGCACUAUAUUUAACACUGGUGAAGAAUUGUCAAAUCACAGUAGAGAGAAUUGUCUUUCAAAGUUGAAGGCUGUCACGGAUGCGGCAGCCACAGGUCAUGAAUGUGAAAUUUGCAGACGCACAUUUAAGACUCGCCAGCGCUUAUUGCUUCAUUCAAAAACACAUUCAACAAUCAUAACGCAUUCAACAACCAUACCUUAUACGUGCAAGGUCUGCCCCAAAGCAUUCCCAACAAGAAUUCGACUGAAACAACAUCUCAAGAUUCAUAAACCAGAAAAGUCUAAAAAUAAUAAAACUUUAUUUAGACAGCGUGUUCAACAUACUGAAAGUGCUCUAACUCUAAAGUGUGAGAUAUGUAGUACAUUUUUCACCAGUGUGAAAGAAUAUGAGAAACAUAGAGAAGAGCAUGCUUCCAGUAGUUCGACCAUUCAUAUGAACAGUACAUCAAAAGCUGCAAUAACUUCAGAUGCAAGCAAUGCAGAUAAGCUUGGAAGUAGUUCAGUUGGCUCUAUUGAUCCAAGUUCUGUAGUGGCUGAUGUACACGGUGUUGAAUUGAGCAAAACUGUUAAAGAAGAUGGUAUUAUGAAAGUUAAAGUACCUCAUUUGGAAAAGAAUCUAAUAAUCACUUCUGCUGAUCAGUUUGUUUGUGACAUAUGUGACUGUAAGUUUUCCUCAAAACACUUCCAAGAGGAACAUAAAAAAGUACACCAUUCGUUGCCUAAACAGAGCAGUGUUCCUGUGGCUACAUCUCCAGUGGAGUCUACUGUAGAACUACUUCAGACUCCAGAACGAGGCAAAUUGUACUUUUGUGACCAGUGUGGUGAAGGAUAUGAACGUAAGAGGUCAUUGGCACUACACAGGUUUUCACACACAUCCAGUCAUCGUUGUCCCCAUUGCCAUCAGUCAUUUUCUUCAGAGGAUUCUCUGACCCGUCAUCUUGAAAACUGUGUAGAAGUGAAAGAAGAAACAACUGUGGGAAAUAAUCAACUGUAAUACAUCUCAAAUUGUACUUGUUCAAAAAACGAUUGAGGUAAGAACAAUCAGUAAUGUGGGGAUUAUCACAUGCACAUCCCUUCAACAUUGCUGUAAUUCCUGGUAUCCUGUUUCUGUAUGAUUUAUUUCCAUAAUCUUUAAAGUUGUGCUGAAAUAAAUGAACCAAACAAGACCAGCCUAUGGAAUUUUUUGUGAGAAAAAGUUUCAUGAAUGUUUGUAUUUAAUUUCAUUUGUUGAUUUUGAUGACAUAGCAUAUAUGAAUAGGUUAUAUAAUUUUAAAUAAAACAAAAUUUUAACAAAUAAUAAUAUUUUAAUUAUUAUAGAGCUUCUGUAACAAUCAAUGUUUUAAAGCAAAAUUGACCUGCAAUGACAUUGGUUUUCUUAAACUUGGUUCAAAUUAGUACAUGUAGUUAAAAACUACGCAUAGAGGCUGGAAUGCCUGUUUUAUUGAAAUGUGAUGUACAUUUUACAAAUAUAUGUCCACAGUCCAUUUACUGAAAGUUUACUGUUCUCAUAAUGCUGCCUAUUCACAAAAAAGAAUGCAAAUUAAAGUUGUGUUUAUUACCAACUAACUAGCAAAGUAUAUGAUGGGAGAAUAAUUAUAUAGUGUAUAUAUGAUCUGUUGUAAAUGACAGAAAUAGAUUAUAGAUGUGUACAUAUUUUAUUUAGUGGAUUCAGUAUUUAAUGUGUACCACACUAUA